AUGCGCGCCUUUCCUGCCGGACUCCUGCUGCUCGCCUUUGCGCUCAUCUGCGCAGUUCAGAUGAUGAAGGCAGCGCAUGGCGACGACUCAGUGAGAAGAAUCAUGACACACCGUAGCCUGCUGCGGACCAUGAUGCGGAAAGGCGCGUAUGGGGAAGGCGCAGAGGCAGAGACAGGAAGCAGGAAGGUCAAUGCGCGGAUUGCACUAGAGACCACCACCACCGGCAGCACAACUGAUCCUGCCUGUGCGGCGCUGGCCUGUCAGCCUGGCAGCAAAUGUGUGGUGGAUCAGAACGGAGUUCGCUACUGCCAGUGGC